AGCGGGCCGUGGUUGCUUGGACUGGCUUGGACCGUCCAUUGCCUCUGGAUUAUUUUAGCCCAUCUGGAUGUAAUCGAGAGCUGAUAUUGUAUCAUAUUUCUAUUAUUUGUUGCUGUUUAUUUAUCGGCCAAAAUGGGUUGCGCCGGAUUCACCUGCUCCAAACACUCCCUGUGCGCGCUCAACAUCCUUUACAUUAUGGUGAGCUUGCUGAUGAUUGGAAUUGCAGCGUGGGGCAAGUGGUUCGGUCUGGUCUCCAGUUUCCAAGUGGUAGGUGGCGUCAUCGGAGUGGGUGUCUUCCUCUUCUUCGUGGCUCUGGUCGGCCUCAUUGGUGCAAUGAAGCACCACCAGGUCCUUCUUUUCUUUUACAUGAUUAUCCUGUUCAUGGUGUUUAUCGUGCAGUUCUCCGUUUCCAGUGCCUGUCUCGCCAUCAACAAGGAGCAACAGGAUCAUCUGCUGGAGGUUGGCUGGAACAACUCCCGUAGCACCCAGAGAGACGUUGAGAAGAGCCUUAACUGCUGCGGCUUCAGACAGGUGGACCUCAACGCCACCUGUAAUGCUGCCUGUUUCCCCAAUCACUCGUGUUUGCCCUGCGCCGAUAAGAUCCAGGAGCACGCCGACGAAAUCCUGCGUUUUGUAGGAGGAACGGGACUCUUUUUCAGUUUCACUGAGAUUUUGGGCGUGUGGCUCACAUAUCGCUACAGGAAUCAAAAGGACCCCCGAGCCAACCCCAGUGCGUUCCUGUGACACGUACACCUUUAGUCCCAGCGCCUCUGGACCUUUCUCUGGGCUUGCCUGUAAAUAAAAGGGCAAUGCUAAUUGAAUGUGAUUGUUUUAGCUAGCCUCACUCCUGCGAUUGGAGGUCCCGUCCCACACGGGACCUUGGCGUUGCUACACUGGAUCACUUGGUGUGUUCAUCUGAAAGUGCUGUGAGGAACUGAGAAGAGUGUAUACAGUAUACUUUCAUGUGUACGUGUAAGACAAGUGUGUGCUUCUGGCUGAAUUUCUGUGUGUAUUUGCUUUUUUUGCAUGACACUUGCAAAUAUAGGCAGGCGUGUCAUAACUGCACUGGCGACUUAACAAUUCAUCACUUUGCGACUUUGUACUGUCAAACCACAAUAAACAAU